UUGCAUUCAGUUGUUGACGAACUGUCGAAGUGAAAGUACAGGUAUCGCCAUCUGAUGAGCAAACUAGACGAGCGUUCGCAAAACGACCGAAACAAGACACUUGAAGAGAGGAAUUGAUCCAAUGCUUGUGUUGUAUGCGCGCGUGCGUAUCUAACUGUAAAACUGUUCUUGCGAAGUGAGAAGCAAUAGCGGUGACCGUGUAUCUUUCGGGGUCUAUUUCAUUCGUCUGUUAUUCUCGCCGUGAGAUAGAUCGUUGUUCCGUUCCAUUCGUUAAAAGAUAUCGCAAGUGACGAACGGGAAAAGACUAUUCAACGCAUUUACCGUGUUUUCGAACAAAGAGAUACAUCAGUCGCUACCGAGUCGAAAGAACUACGACACGAGGAUCGAAUAGUGUUUUCGUAUUCAACGGAAUUAUAUUAUGUAUGUGAAAAUGGAUGUUAAAAAGGUCAUGUACACCGUUGUGAGAGAGGGCAAAUUGGCACGCUUGAAGGAAUUACUGGAACAUCGAGAGAAAGAUGAGGUAGUGAAGUUGGUCAGUACAACAAGCCAUGGUACGACACCGUUAGUUAUCGCCUGCCGAAAUGGACAUUAUGACGUGGCUGAAUACCUUAUUGAAAAAUGUGGAGCGAAUGUCAAUCAACCUGGUUUAGUGAUGUUCGAUGGAGAAAUGAUCGAGCGCGCGCCACCUUUGUGGUGCGCCGCAGCUGCCGGUCACUUGGUUUUAGUUAAGUUACUAGUGAAAAAUGGCGCCCGGGUAAAUGCCACCACUAAAACACUUUCCACUCCUCUACGAGCAGCUUGUUUCGACGGCCACUUCGAUAUUGUUAGAUUUUUGGUGGAUCACGGUGCAGAUAUUGAGAUGGCAAACCGUCAUGGUCAUACAAGUCUGAUGAUCGCCUGUUACAAAAGUCAUCUUAAAAUCGUCAAGUACCUACUUACCCUGAAAGCGAACGUUAACCGAAAAUCCAUAAAGGGUAACACAGCACUUCACGAUUGUGCUGAGAGCGGAUCUCUAGAAGUCGUGAAGGUACUCCUCAAGCAUGGUGCCCGAAUGGACGUGGACUCCUACGGGAUGUCACCACUCCUUACGGCAGCAGUAACAGGUCAUAAGCACAUUGUCGAAUACUUUAUCAGUAUGCCGAACUUGGUGAAUCGCAAGGAACGCAUAGACGCACUGGAAUUACUGGGCGCUACAUAUGUGGAUAAAAAGAGAGACAUGAUGGGAGCACUUGAAUGCUGGAAAGAAGCAAUGAACGAAAGAUAUCGAAGUGAUCCAGUGAUACUGAAACCAAGACCAUCACCACUUGUAGCUGCUUACGAUUUUGCACGGGAAAUUACCGAUCCUGAUGCACUGGAUGGAUUAUUAAACGAUCCGGAUGAAAUGCGAAUGCAAGCACUUGUAAUUAGAGAACGAAUAUUAGGACCAGCUCAUCCUGACACCAGUUAUUAUAUUCGCUACAGAGGAGCUGUAUACGCGGAUGGUGGAAUGUUCAGUCGUUGUAUAGAACUUUGGAACUAUGCUUUAGAUAUGCAGCAAAGCAUGCUGGAACCACUCGAUCCAAUGACCCAGAGUUCACUUUUUAGUUUUACCGAACUCUUUAGUUUUAUGAUAGGUAGACAAAUAAAUACAGGACGUAGAGUACCACAGAUUCAGAGAGAAGAACUUCUUAGAGUGUUCAGGAAAGCUGUUUUGGAAGUGAAAUUAGGAAAACAAAUGUUGGACAAAGGAUCAGCUCGUGGACGUGAUAUUGCCUACUUAAACAGAGUUCUCGUCACCACUUUACACCUAGCAAGUUUAUUGACUCACGAAAUGCCAGAAGAAGACACUGCGGAAUAUUCUGCACUGCAUCAAGCGCUUUAUGAAUUAGUUCGAGUAAAUCCCAAAGACAAUAACGAUCGGACUGUGUUGCAUUUAGUUUUUAGCGAAAGAAAUACUAUAUUCGGAGCUGGUCCUAGAUCUCCGUCAUUUAGGUUUCCUUCUCCUCAUUUAAUAAAGGCUCUUAUAAAAGUUGGCGCUGACGUCUCAGCAAGAGAUGCAACCGGAAGUACGGUAUUACAUCUUGCUGCUAUGUUCCAUCCGCCAACCGAUCUUGUUAAUAUUCUUCUUGAUGCUGGUGCACAUAUUGAUGCUGUUAAUAAAAUGGGUAGCACAUUCCAAUCAUUGAUAUGGAGUAACACCGCGUAUGAGACUUUAGUACGGAAUAAACACCCAUAUGCUUCGAUAUAUCCCAUGAGAUACACUAAACUCACCUGUCUAGCAGCGAGAGUAGUAAGGAAAGCAUACGAUAUUGAGUCUGUCCCAAAACAUCUUCAAGAUUUUGUUCAAAUGCACUAGUGAUACUAGUGCAGUGGAAACGAUAGGCUAUUGCUUAGAAUGCUACAAGAGAUAUUUAUACGUUAUCUAAAGAAUAAGAAAAAUCAACGAUAAAGUUUUAUAUCUUUUUCGAAAGUGUAAAAUUAAUAUUAAGAUACUUUUUCGAAUAAGCAAGUAUGAAACAUAGAAAGGAAUGCUAUUAUUAUACAUAUAAUACCAUGAUGUGGCAUACGUAAAAUAUGCUGUCAGUAAUUUUUAGUUAUAAAUCUGGUUUUUAGAGAAUUAAAUAUCAGUGAGUCAGUAACCUCUGCGACUCUAGUAUCGUUCAAUGCUAGUAAAGAGUUAAGAACAAUUCAAAUAGUUACGAAUUUCAAAUUAGUCUUAAAUUAUGUUCUUCAUUUCGU